AUGUAUGUAUGUAUUGUCAAUAUAGCACAGGCCAUAGAUGUGAAGAAUUCAAACAGCAUCCAGUCACAACCUUGUUCCGCACAAAGUGGUGUAAACGCGAAUGGCGCAGAAGAUAGCGCAUACUACACAUACACGGACGGAAACCAGCAAAGGGCCGCCGACCGCGAAACCGGGACUAAUAGUGCAUUGGUGACACCGGCAAGCGGUACCAAUCUCACGAGGGUACUGCCAGCUGACACAGAUUAUGUGGAGAUUGUACGUGGAAGCCGUACUGCUAACGAGGUGGAAGAUUCUCAUGACGAUGGGUAUAUGAGUGCAGUGGGUACAGACGCUGAUGGUUCUGAGGAGAUGAGCUAUGCACAGUUCAACCGAGACAUGUCGGAUGUUCCGCUGCAGUAGAAGGGGAUGAAAGCGGAGAUUGCUAUUGGCGGUUAUAAAUAGAACCGUAUUGUUAUAAAUAGAACACGCCCGGGGACUUGGACGCCGAUGCGGGGUGGAGAAUCACCCACAGAUCAACCAAGCCUCUCUCGAAUUGUACUGUGUAGUAUUAGUGGUACAUGUGGCGAUUUCUAUUGGAUGUGCUCAAAAUAGAACGGUUACCGAGACCCCCUCCCCCCCUAAUGUAUCGAACAGCCCAUGGCUAUUGAAUUCUGUAACUAAGGUAUUGGCUCGGAUGAGUCUUGCCUGACUUAGUGCUGCGGCAAAUCCGUGGUUCACUCUCCCUCUAAUUGUUUGGCUAUCACAAUACAGAAAGAGGAGACAAUACAUUACACAUACACCAUACUUGCAUCCAGACACAGUGCGAGGGAUGAGGGUCAUACACACAUGCAUACGUGCUCAUUACUUGCAUCUAGUUACGGUGCAAUGGGUGGAGGUAUCGCAUACGUACAUACACACACAUACAUACACAUCACUUGCAUCCAGAUGAAGUGCAAGAGGCGAGAGGCACACUUACAUACAUGCGAUCACUUGCUUUCCAAGUGCUAUGAGGCUUGUUAUCAAUAACACACCGGCUAAAAUAGAACCGUGACGAUUGGUGAGGGGUGUAUCUCCAAGGCCAGUCCCAUAUAUGGAUGGAUCGAUGUAUUCGGGUUGUACUCCCGCGACGGUUGAAGAUGCGACUGCCCACAUAUCUAUAAUAUAUAUGUAUAUAUAUAUAUAUAUAUACAUAUAUGAGCCUAUUAGUAGACAAUCCGGCUACCAAUAGAACCGUGCCGAUUGGUGAAGAAUGUGCCUUCAAGGCCAGACCCACUUUAGCCAGCGGACACGCCCACAACAACGGCAUCUCCACGGUGUAUAUGCUACCAACGAGGACAUUCACAGCGAUAUACAGAGUAUACGACAUUUUUUUAAUAUGUAAGUAUUCGACGAACGUGAAUAUACGACAUACGUGAAAAUACGACUUACAUGGGGACAGCUUCAGCCAAUGAUAACCCUACAGCGGCACGAUAAUACACACCAGACCCGGAAUGUAAGACAUGAAAUAGAAUACAACACCGUGGAACAAUGUGUACAUAUUUAGUGCCUCAGUGGGAAGUAUAACAAGAGGGAGAAUCUUUCGGUUGGACCAAAAGGGGUUGUGAUGAUUGGCAUACGACAUGGUGUAGGUCAGUCUAUAAGACUACCUUCGGUACACUUGGAUGUAUCGGCAAUAAAAGAGGUGGAAUAUCUACCUAUAUUUCUUGAUAGGCAAUCCUAGAUGGGUAGAAUAUCUACCUACAUUUCUUGAUAGACAA